AUGCUUGACUUUGUUGAUGACGCGUCGCGACGCGAGAAAUGCUUCACCACCAUCACGCAGCUCCCCGCAUCGGUCGACCCGAAGCAGGUUGCAAGUAAAAAGUCGCCUUUCUCUGCCAUCCUCAACCACCCAUUUGUGCAUACGGUCGAAACUAUUCUCCCAAAAGACGCCUAUGACAGUAUUCAGGCGUCACUGGAUGCUACGCUGCAGAACCCUCAAUACGCUCGGGUUUUCAUGUACCCAUCUGAUAUACUCGAAAAUGAAUUUUUCAAUACAUACAUCAAAACUGGAAAUAUCCUCAUGAUAUCCGAAGGCCGUGCAGGCUUAGAUACCGUGUUCACAUUGCGAGAUGGCCUGCUCAAGAUAGAAGCUGGGAAAGAAAUCUACGAACGCAUUGGACUCUCGGGUAAAUCAAUUCGAAGUGGCGGUCGGAAACACAACAAAGAAAGAUUCGUGAUUGAACUCAAUCUACGGCUUCCUUCAAUGCUACAUGGAAAAAAAGGCUUUGACCGGAUUGUAUGGUCAUUCAAGAACGUUCUAAAUCAAUCCAUGUCAUGGUUGUUUUGCGAUCUGGAUUCCGCAGGACAAAAUAAUGAUGCCAAGCCAGUUCAAAAACAUUCACCUCAGUGGUUCAAUUGCGCCCCGCUCCGAAAUAGCUUAGGACGAACCGUGAUACCGCCGUUGUCAGGCUUAGUCGCAAAAGACACACCCGAGGUUGAGUUACAGGAGGCUUGCGGUUCCUUCUCAGAAUGGAUUGCCUUAGUCCAAAUGCGGUCACCUCGUGUAUCUGCUGGUGAUGAUGUUGACCCCUAUCUAAGUCGCUACAGUGUUCCAGACUUGGACAAAGCAAGCACUUCUGAAUUGAUUAGCUUGAAAUGGCACGGUCUCAUCUCUACGAAGUGGAUUUUACACUUAUUUUCGUCUCUGUUAUCUCAGACCACCAGCUUCAGUUCCUCUGCAUGGUUUAUCCUUUCCGCAUCUGCUUUGGGCAAGCAGGCUGUAGAAGGUAGAGAUGGAUUCACAAUCGCGGCUGCUCCAAACAUUUGUUCAGAGCAAGCUGGCGAGGCAGGAGCCACCGACAGGCGCCAUGCGAUCUGUUGGGAAUUUGUGGGAGCAACCACAACAGAGAAUUGA